AUACAUUUCCGACGAUGAAAUUUUGUCUCGCCAGAGUGUUGGAGCUGUCGAGAUGGAAGGACGUGCUCGAGGACCUGCUGCAAAAAUUAAUAACCGAGAUACGCUUAUUAAACGACGAGAAAAGCAACACGGAGAAAGAAAUUGAAAACAUAACUCAGCCUCUGCGUAUCGUCACCGAGUGCAUCUCGAUGAGGGACUGCCGUAGAGGAACCGAGCUCACGUACGACGAGGCUGAUAUUGAGCUGAAGAAGGAGCUCCGCAUGAUCGCGAAUAUUCACGAAGCAUUGACCAAAAGAGUACAGGCCGCGUGGGAAAAGCUAAAUCGCUUGGAGGCCUUCAAAUUUAAGCUGAGCUUGGACAUAGAGGAUAAAAUCGAAACUAUUAGAAUAGACAGGGAGAAUCUCGAAUUGGAUCAUGCUUGUGCGAAUUUAAGUUACAAGCCUAAAACGUUGGCUAUUGAUAAAACCAGUCCAAUCACGUACGAGGUUUGGCUAGAUCGAUGCGGUUGUUCCGAGUCGUCCGCCGACGAUGAAUUGAGUGAAUGUUACACUUUCCGUGAAGCUACCCGUGUAAUGAGGGAACAUGCAUGGAAUGAUAUUAGAGCUCAACAAGACGCGACGGAUUACACUUUAAGGAAGAGGAUUUAUCAAACGCAAAAGGCCAGAAACGAAUUGGAAUGGCAGAAGCUCAAGGUACAAAAGGAAAUGGAAAUGUUGGGAAGUGAAAUAAAUCAGUUGGAAGGAACGCUGAUGAGUAAAAUAGCCCCGGUGAAAUGCGUCGAAACGCGAUUAGAGAAUCGCGUUCAUCGGCCUGGCCCAGAACUCUGUAAGGACGAAGUUGAAUCAGGCUUGAAGAACGAAGCGCUGCAAUUAAAACAGACCGAGGAGGAUCUAAUUAAGAUGAUUGCGCAUGCAAAGGCAAGCUACAACAGUCUGGAAUCUCUGCUCAUACGUAUCGACAAGAAUUUGGAAGACAAACAGCACUCUCUGAACACCGACGUUAUGUGCCUGGAUAUGAGAGCGUCGCUGAAGACAGGAGACAGAUCGCGUUUACCUAAUGAGACGGACCGUAAUAUCAUAUUGACACGCAUGGAGAAAGAGAUUCCAUUGGAAUCUUAAUUCGACUGUUUCAUGGAUUUAUAAAACGUGAUGACUUUAAAGCUACUACUCUCAUAUUAUCUAAAAAAAACUCAUCAACUCUCCAUCUUCAUAUCGUUAUUUGUAUCGCGUGAAAAAUCAAGAACGUAAUCGAUAAUUUGAUGAAUGUCAGAUUCGUAAACAUAAUUUAA